AUGAACCUACGCGAUACUAUUCCAAUUACUAUUCAUCGCAUCAAUACGCCGAUAUUUACACCACAAGGAGGUACGAAUGGAAAUCGUUUGCCUUUAUCUAACUUAUCAGAAAAGACAUAAAUAAUCACAAGCUGUAGUCUAGCCCAACUAAAACAUUCAUUGUAACAGAAAAGCGUUAACCCUCCCAGCUAUCUUUCUUCGCACAACGUCCACAUUCACUAGCAUUCCUCCUAUCAAGUGUUUAGCAGACAAACACUGAAUACUUUUCAAUUUAGUCUUUCAGCAUAUCUUUCGAAUGCGCUUUCAGAAAAAAUUCUAUUUACUUGCAAUCCUAACCUCUCUUAUCCUCCGUUGAACGUAUUUACAUUGUUCCGUCAACUGCCUUUUUACCAUGACUGAGUUAUCUGGGUGACAUGUUUUCUUAAAAGCCGCCUUUAACUUAACGGACUCGUCAAGCCUGGAUAUUUGUCCAACUGAAAAUCGGGUACACGUCAUUUGGAACAUUACACUUACAAGAUGCCGUGAAUUGAGGGUAAGUACUCACAAACCGACCAAACGCUUGUUUUUUCCCGAAUCCACCUAACACCCUGUUUUGUUGUAGUUAUACUGCUUCCGUGACAACGACCAAUUUUUUGUGCCUCCAAUAACAGCUGAAAGAUGCCGUAAGAUGUGUCUCAUAAGAUCUUUUAUUUCAAAUUCUUUCUGUGCUGCCGUAAAUGCUCUCAAGCAUAAUGCCGAGUUAAAGGGAGCAUGCUCAGGAGUGCCAGCAUUUAAAAAGCAACGACACAAAUCAGGAACCUAGGAAUAUCUUUUUUUCAUAUAUGUCAAGAUGAGUGUUUAAAUUUCAAAGUUGUGAAAAUCCCCAUCACUAAUUUCAGAAGAGACAGUGGCGAGUGAACGUUCCUUUCCGUAAAUUCUCAUCAGGCCAAUACAGUUACAUAGGGCGGGGUACAGUGAGUACCGGCCCGCUGGUAACAAAUCCUCUUACAUCUUUGCGCUAAUAUGAUCACUUCAGGGUGUUGUUUCGAGAUAAUAUAGUUGAUAAGACAAAGGUUCCAAAAUCAGAAGAUUGUGCUGGACAGCCUUUACUGCGGAGGAAAUGCGAACGCAAAACCCCCGCAAGCAGUCACCGCGAGCACGCUGCCCAGGCAAGUUGUGUCUGUGUCCGCCGUUCAGGUGCUCAGACACCAGCGCGUGUGUGCGCCUUUCGUUAUCUCAGUGUCUGCCAGCCAAUCAGAGGAGGGGCAGCGCUGAUUGGCUCCGAGCACUCGCGUGUCCCAGUAUCAGAAAGACAGGGAGUGUGAAGCGGACAGGGAGGAAGCGUGACAAAGUAACAGAGGAGCGGACUGCUGCAGUUGCACUACCAGAAAGGGGAAGGGGGCCAGUUUAAUGUAUUACCAGUCCCUCCUUUCGGUGAUUACUUAAAGACCUAACAGCGACGAAUUGCACUGCAGUACAUUUAUUUGCGUUCGCUCUGCUGUGCUAUUAAAAAUGGUUUUCUGAUGUGGUAUCUUCGUUUUCUAUGCCCUUUUUCAGAACGCCAAGGGAUAGAACGUUCAGUCUUCAAAAUUCGAGUGACAGUCAAGAGAAAGGCCGAUGAACGAUUAACGUUUGUCUCCUGCUCACUGGAUCCCGCACUGCAGUACAGUCAAACGUUUAUUAUCGACUGGACUUGUAAGUCGUAGUGGCUGAUUUCACACACCCACCUAUAGUGCACGCAUGCGUCUCAGUAAAAAUGAAGCAAACGCUUCUCGAAUUUUAACAAGUGUUGUAUGUUAAAUCCACAAUCGGGAUGUUUUGUUUGCUCUUAAGCCCUCGGGGCUAGCAAAUUCAAAGCUGGAUUGUAUGCACUGGGACAUGCAGCAUGACAUCCAAAUGCGAAAUAAUGCACAUUUCGGACGACUCGUAGUUUUCGGGUGUAACACCGCCUCAUCGGACAUGAGGUUCGGUGGCAGACGCGUGCACAUGCAGUUUAACACUCCUUUGGAGCUGCAAAUCGACGCACAUGCACAUUUACAUUGCUGCCGAACUCAACUGGUCACUUUCUCUCGCCUUCUUGACCUUCACAUGGUGUUCGAAGUAAAUCUCUAUAAAGUAGAAUUUGUCGUGCAGUGCUGCACAUUUCAGUUGAACCGGCAAACAUUCCUGCAGAAUCAAGUAACCAAUGUAUUGAUAACCGGCGGUUAGACUUUCAUGUUUACCGCAAGACGACAUGAAGAAGGAUCCAAGACAUUUUGCCUGUACGCACAGUGACUUCAGUGCAUCACGUUAGUUACAUCAGUCGUCUAAAGAUGCACACUGCGCACGUUUGGUUUUCCUACACGUGAACAAGUUCCUAUUGCUGUCUAGAAAACACUAUUGAGCAAUUAUCACCUUAACUAAAACUCGAAUUGCGCACUGACAAGGGCUUUCGAAAUCGGAAUUGUUUGGUUUUGGCAUCGGUUUCUGCUUCUUAAUGUACACAGAAUGAUUCCAGGUGCACUACACACUCUCUGUCAGCACCGCGCUCCCGCGUUUUUUGCUGACUGGUGAAUAUUAAAAUUCCUACUUGCGCUUGCUAAAUGGCAAUUCACUAUUAACCAUUCGGCAUGUGCUGCUACUCCGGAUGGAAUUUGUGAAAACUGAGAGCCGCUUAUAAAUCAGCAGGACGCAUUUUCGUAAGUCAAGCUUCCAGUGUGAGAGAUCGUUAAAUGAUCGUACUCUGUCGUUAUGUCAACACUAAAUACGAAGAAUGGACAGGUUUGACUAUUAUAUUGCGCUUAGUGACCGAUCCGAAUGAUUGAGGUAGUCUGUGAGCUGCCGCGUGUAAUGUGAUUAGAAUUGAUGUGAAUAUGCCUGCAAACAAAACCAAAAUUAACGUUCAGUUAGCGUAAAUUCUACUCAGGUAUUGAGUGAUAUGAGGUCUUGGAUUUCCAACGAGCAUUUUAAUGCUGCUUUACAGCUUUUCCCACGUAGAUACUGCAUAUGAGGAGCAUACUAACUAAUGGCGUGUUGCGUUAAAAUCAAACUAGGAUGUAGACUGAAAAGAUGGGGAAUCUACUGGAGUUGGCUCGACCCCCUGGUUUGAGUCAGCAUUGAUCAUAUCAUCAAAGCAGUUGCUUCCGUGUUUAUCUGUGUUAAAACGUGCUGUAUUCAUGAGCUUCGUUAAUUUUAUUUGGCAGAUGCUCCCCACGGUACACUGAACUAA